AUGGUUGCUAAGGGUUUGGGUUCUGCGUUCCUCUCUCUGUUUCUUGAAAUCACCCGUUUCUUAUCGGAAGUUGGAAUCUUUUCCUCUGAAUUCACCCCAGAGUUUGCAGGUUCUAAAGCCAUGAAGGUUCACCCGGUGCCCAAGAAACGAAACAUCACGGUCAGAUACGACAUCGCGUCGGCGCUUUCUCAGGCCGGCGCCGCCGUGGCUUGCCGACAGAAGAAGCUCCGGCGACUGCCCCACAUCUUUGCCAAGGUACUGGAGCUCCCUUUCCGCUCCGACGCCGAUGUUUUGAUUGAAGAGACCCACGAUUUCUUCCGCUUCAUCGUCCCGACCGACGACGUUAGCGGGGAUAAUAUCAGGGCCCACACCAUCCAGAUCUACCCGGGUGUUACUAAGAUUGUUAUCCGAGGGGACGGCCUAGUUGACUCGCCUCUUACUGAGCUGGAGCUCGACCUGUGGCGGUUUCGGCUCCCGGCGUCGACUCUCCCCGGGAUGGCCAGCGCGGCGUUUAGCGACGGCGAACUGGUGGUCACCGUGCCUAAAGGGCCCCACGAAGAAGACGGCGAGGGUGAAGAUGCCGGCGAUAUUGGAGCUGAGCAGCUUGUUUUUGUACAGUAA